CGUCAUGUGACGCUGGCGUAAACAGGAAGCAGCUGAUUUUUUUCCCCCCUCUCAGUGAUGUGUGUUACUGUGUCCUUUAGGAGUAAUAUCUCUGUGUCUCCGGGCUUCCCUGGACACCAGUAGCCGCUAAGGCCUUUAGAGGAGCGGAGUGAAACUGCUCCGCAGGAGAAACAAACCCAAGUCAUCUGACCUGCAGCUCAGAGGAACCUCCAGCAUCGUGUCUCCUCAGGGUUAUGUCCAGCUCAGCCAUGAAGAAAAAGGUUUUACUGAUGGGGAAGAGCGGGUCUGGAAAGACCAGCAUGAGGUCCAUCAUCUUUGCAAAUUACAUAGCUCGAGACACCCGCCGCCUUGGAGCUACAAUUGAUGUGGAGCACUCCCACGUUCGCUUUCUGGGCAACCUGGUCCUAAACCUGUGGGACUGUGGAGGGCAAGACACCUUCAUGGAGAAUUAUUUUACGAGCCAGAGGGACAACAUUUUCCGAAACGUCGAGGUCCUCAUUUAUGUGUUUGACGUCGAGAGCCGUGAGCUGGAGAAAGACAUGCACUACUACCAGUCCUGCCUGGAGGCCAUCUUGCAGAACUCCCCCGACGCCAAAGUCUUCUGUCUGGUUCACAAAAUGGACCUGGUUCAGGAGGACCAGAGGGAUCUGAUCUUUAAGGAGCGUGAAGAAGAUCUGAAGAGGCUAUCCAGACCUUUAGCUUGCACGUGCUUCAGGACGUCAAUCUGGGACGAAACCUUGUACAAGGCCUGGUCCAGCAUAGUUUAUCAGCUCAUCCCAAACGUCCAGCAGCUGGAGACCAACCUGAGAAAUUUUGCACAGAUCAUAGAAGCAGAUGAAGUCCUUCUCUUUGAGAGAGCCACCUUCCUGGUGAUCUCCCAUUACCAGUGCAAAGAGCAGCGUGACGCUCACAGGUUCGAGAAGAUCAGUAACAUCAUCAAACAGUUCAAGCUCAGCUGUAGUAAACUGGCUGCUUCCUUCCAAAGUAUGGAAGUUAGAAACUCCAACUUCGCCGCCUUUAUUGACGUCUUCACCUCCAACACUUACGUCAUGGUGAUCAUGUCGGACCCCUCUAUCCCUUCUGCAGCGACUCUCAUCAACAUCCGUAACGCCAGGAAACACUUUGAGAAGCUGGAGCGGGUGGACGGGCCCAAACACAGCCUGCACAUGAGGAUGCGUUAAUUCCUAGAGGAAACCUUCAGCCAAUCACAGAGCGCAGACAGCAUGGCGCAGCCUCCACGCUUUGAUCUAUCUAGAUCUGUACAGCUCUGCAUCGUUUCUGCUCUUUCUCUACGUUCAAUCAAUAGAUAUUUUUGGGGGGGCAGUAUUGUUUUUGGUUUCUACAGGGAUCAGAGGAACUGGUUCCACGUUCUGGAUGAUUCCAGCUUGGUCCAGCAGUUUAAACGAUGUGUUCGCUGAGACGGCUGCCUUUCUUUUCACACUGUUGUAUCCAUUGGAUUUCUGUAGUUUGGGCGGCGCGCUCCUGUGGCGCCGUUCCAUUUUCAGCUGCCGUUUUUAAAUUGUCACCUCAAAUAUAGAUCUAUUUACAAACCUG